AUGUCUUAUCCAUCGACUUCACAUUCCAAUGAUCCGCCAAUUCAAAGGAGAGACUCUCUCACGUCUGUUGUCUUGUCAACAUCUAGGACGCCUUCCCCCUCUGCUUCGCCAAUCUCCCCCAUUGGUCCUGGAUUUGAUGGCUUAUCGAAGCGGCACAGCUGGAGUAGAGAACGAUCAGAUGAUAUGCUCGGGGGACUGCGUGCAGGUCCAAGUCAAGCGAUACGAGGACAACAAGGUCAAGGAUCAGGUCUCGUCGUACAUGGCUUGGGCCUGAGUUCGAGUCCCGGAUCCUCCAGCUCGUCUCUAGGCUUGGAUCAUGGAGCACCUCUGCCCUCUGGAAGGGGGCUUCCUCCUGGACGUGGCACCGACUUGGACAUGACGAGCUCAAGAGUUGAACUGAUGGCGCCUGAAGAAGAGUAUGCUUUGGGAUCUAGGAAUUUCUAUGAGGCAUCUACAUCUCGCUCUGGACCAUUUACGAGUACAGCAGGUACCUAUCCACCCCUGAACAGGCAAGACACGAGCACUUCGACCCAAUAUCCUUCGUACUAUUUCCACCCGGAGGACCGAGGAAGUAACCCUCGACCUUACUUUCACCCAUUCCAAUCGGAUUCAUCGCUCGAACACGGAACAAGGGCAGGACAUGAUACACCACCAGAGGAUGAAGAAGGAAUGGGCGAUAUCGACAGACAGAGGUUGACAUCUGCUCCGCCUGUUCCUGGAUCGUCACAGCGUCGUCAACACAGCAGAGUUCGAAAUCCUACCCUGAGAAGCGUUUCCAAAACGAUCCGAAAAGCCAGUAUACGCGUUGUCAAUACCGGAGGGAUAAACCAUGAGGGAAUGAGUAGAUUGCCAGAUGAAGAUGAGGAAUAUGAAGACGAUCGAAAGGAUGAUAGGAAGGAGGAUACUGGAUUCCCUGUCACUGAUCUGGACUCUGCUUCAAUCGGACCCAAACCACCGGAAGGACCUCUUAGAGGCAAAACACUUGGUAUCUUUGGACCUCGAAGCCCGAUACGGACGGCAAUGCACUCGUUUCUCAACUACCCCUACACUGAACCCUUCAUCCUCCUGCUCAUCGUGCUCAAUGUCAUUUUCUUAUGUAUCCAAGGUUCAGAAGCUCUGUACUCACCUCGAGCGGAUGACGGCUACUUUCAAUCCUGGGAGGAUUAUGCCAUCUUUGCGCUGUUUGUCGUUUUCACGCUUGAGAUGUUUGCCCGGAUCCUCGUCACUGGUCUCCUGAUCGAUCCUGAAACAUCGCUUCGACAGGUCCUCUUUGACGAAGAUGGAUUGGUUCCACUUGUCUCUCGCAGAUUUACCCGUGCGCAACACAACUUAUCCCGGUCAACGUCUCGCAAGACUUCCAACAAGUCUUGGCGAGUCCCCUCGGAUCCCAUUCCGAAAGUUCGAAAGCCUAAUACCAUUUCGCUGGAAGCACCGUUUCAAAAAGCAGUGGCCAGGCAAAAGGCUUUAUCAGCUCAGGGUCGACCAUAUCUUCGACAUUCGUGGCACCGAAUCGACAUGAUGGCUGUAGUCUCGUUCUGGAUCAUGUUUGUCCUCGCUCUGCUCAAGGUAGAAGCGACAGAUACUCGACACAUUUACAUUUUUAGAGCACUGAGUGUUCUUCGAGCUGGUCGACUACUGGUCAUUACGACGGGUACAACAACCAUCCUACAUUCACUCAAACGUGCUGUACCCAUGCUCAUCACCGUGGGAUUCUUUCUCAUUUUUGCAUUUACAAUCUUCUCCAUCAUUGGCGUACAGAGUUUUCGUGGAUCUUUCCGACGAAUCUGUGUACUUCCCGAUCCGCAGAACACAACACACGAGAUCCAGUUGACUCAACAAUGUGGCGGCUAUAUCGAGUCGUCACUGCAACCGGCACCCUACAUCACCAUUGACAACACGUCGGCCGGUGGAGCUGCAAAAGGUUUCGUUUGUCCUCUGGAUCAGACGUGCAUCACUGCCACCUUCAACCCUGAGGGUGAUUCCAUGAGCUUUGACAAUGUCUUCGCGGCAUUAGUUCAAGUCGUCACGAUCACAGUCGUCAAUGGCUGGGCACCUAUCAUGUACGCUGCGAUGGAUUCCGACUACUUUGGAUCAUGCCUGUACUUUAUUGUCGCAGUCCUUGUGCUCAACUUCUGGUUCUUGAAUCUGCUCACAGCGGUCGUCGUCAACACUUUCCAGGAUAUCCGCGCAGAGACGAAGAAAUCUGCUUUUGGAGCGGUCGACGAAUCAGAUACCAAGUUGAAGAAAGCUACAGGCACCAUCUUGAGUAUAUAUAACACGACCGAAAUGUUCUGGGUCGUUCUCAUUUUAGCGAGCCUAAUCGCACAGGCCUGCAAGACAUCUCAUUCAUCACCUCAAUUUCUCACUCUGCUCAACAAUCUCGAACUGGCAUUUACAUUCGCCUUUGACGUGGAGAUCGCGAUCCGCAUAGCGGGUCACUUUCCAGAUUGGAAGUCCUUCCUUUUCAAAGCUCGAAAUUCUUACGAUCUGUUUCUCGCCAUUGCAUGUUCUAUCAUUCAGAUUCCAGCCAUUGCGAAUUCUAGCAUCUAUCAGUGGCUCACCGUCUUUCAACUACUGAGAUGGUAUCGCGUCAUUCUGGCCUUCCCUCGCAUGAGGCCGUUACUGAACAAUGUGUUUGGUUCUUUUGCUGGGCUCUGGAAUAUGGUCAUCUUUCUCAUGCUGAUCAACCUCAUCGCUGCUCUGGCAGCCAUGCAAUUAUUCCGAGGAGACGUACCUGCAGAUGACAUCAUCACCAUCUCCCAAACCUUCAACGCAUUCCUUGGGGCUUACCAGGUUUUUUCGAGUGAAAAUUGGACAGCAUUACUCUACGCCGUCAUGGAGGCGGAGAUCCCGUUCAAACAGAGGUGGCUUGGAGCAUUAUUCUGGUGCGCUUGGAUCUUGUUUGCGUAUGCCAUCGUUCUGCAAAUGUUCAUUGCCGUAAUCAACGAGAACUUUGCUGUUGCCGAAGAGCAGAAACGAAAACGCCAGAUGGAAGCAUUCAUCCGUCGCGCGGAGCCUGCACAUGUGAAAACAAGCUGGAUCGACAGAUUGAACCCAUAUCGAUACCUUGAAUCUAAGGGGUCCAGCGUCAAGGUCGAUGCCCUACCCGCAAACCUGGUCUUGCCGAUCAAACCCACCAUCGGACCUGAUGUUGCUAUCAAUCGCCUCUUCGGUCGUGGAGAUAAGACCGAAGCGAUUCCGCUCCGCAGACUUGGGAUACGAUCCCACGGCAUCGAUGACGGUGAAGAUGAUGACCGAGGACUGAGCGAUUUGUUGCCUCCCAUGAGUGCUGGGCCUUCCGAAGAUGAACAUGCAGACGCCUUGAGAGAGCGUCGUAAUCAACAGGCAGACUUCAUCAAUGCUCACCCCACAUACGAUCAAAGUUUAUGGAUAUUCAAGCAGAGCAAUCCUAUACGCAAGUUCUGCCAGGCCUGCGUCUCACCUGCGCAUGGAGAUCGUAUUUUUGGCAGACCCGUCAAGCCCAUUUAUGAACUGGUUCUCAAGUUGAUCAUCUUCUGUAUGAUUGUCGCGAGUAUCUCCGUAGCAGCAGUCGCUACGCCGGAGUACCGAAAGCAAUACUACUCCGAUAGAGGCGUUCGAAGAGAUACCUGGUUCGACUUGGCGGAAGUCGCGCUCGGAAUGGUAUUCAUCGUCGAAGCUGGUAUCAAGAUCAUUGCCGAUGGGUUCAUCUUCGCACCAAAUGCCUACUUGUUAUCCCUUUGGAACGUUAUGGAUUUUUUGAUUUUAAUCACACUCCUGGUCAACACCACAACUUCGUUAAUCUAUAUUGGUGGUCUUAGUCGACUCACUCGGUCUCUCAAGGCAUUCAGGGCGCUUCGCCUUAUCACUCUGUUCAGCAGGAUGAGAGAAACCCUACACAUUCUCCUCUUUGCCGGGGCGAUGAAGUUAUUGGAUGCUUCCAUCCUUAUGGCCCUGUACUUGAUUCCGUUUGCCGUCUGGGGACUCAACAUCUUUUCGGGCACUUUAUUCUCGUGCAACGACCCGAACGCUACGGGCAUCACUGACUGCGUUGGAGAAUACAUGUUUGCGCCAAUAGACGAAUCUAUUCCGUUCCUCAUGCCACGGGUAUGGGCCAAUCCGACACUCGACGAGAGUAUAUGGGCUUUUGACUCAUUCAGGGAGUCGAUAUUGAUUCUCUUUGAGAUCGUCUCCUUGGAGGGAUGGAUCGACGUGAUGGAAUCAGCAAUGGCCAUUGUCGGCAUAGGCAAGCAAUCUCAGAACAAUGCUUCGCAGUGGAAUGCCAUCUUCUUCGUACUCUUCAAUCUAUUUGGAGCCGUGGUCAUUUUGACUCUAUUUUUGAGCGUCAUCAUUGGCAAUUUCAGUACUCGAUCGGGAGAUGCACUGCUCACUCGAGAACAGCGGCAUUGGGUCGACAUGCAGAAGUUCAUCAAAGCUCAGACCCCUUCUCAGUUACCCAAUGAUGUCCCGCGAUAUGGUCUGCGGGCUUGGUGCUGCCAACGAGCCACGCAAAAACACGGAUUCUGGACUAGAAGCUUUACAAUCAUCUAUUGCAUUCACAUUGUGCUGCUUUCCAUGGAGGACUUCUCAAAUAAUAUCAUCACGGAUUUACAGCUUGACUGGAUCUUCAUCUUCAUGACUGUAUUGUACGCUGUCGAUCUGCUGGUGCGAUUCUAUGGUCUUGGCCUCAAGAGCUUUCGGGCGAAUGGGUGGAAUCUUUACGACUUUGUUGUUGUCGUCGGGAGUUUCGCGACCACCAUACCAGCCCUGCAAGCCGAGGCAGCGGGUACUCCCGGCUCAGAAUGGGGCACACAAUUGCAAAAGCUCUUUUUGGUCGCGAUUCCUUUCAAGCUCGUACAGCGAAUUGAUUCGUUGAAUCAAUUGUUCAAGACAUCUGUCGCGAGUCUCCCUGCGAUCGGCAACCUUUUUCUACUAUGGGCCACUUUCUUCAUCUUCUUCGGCAUGAUGUUUCUGGAAGUCUUUGGUCUGACUAAGAUGGGAAACAAUGCGGGUACGAGAUUUCAAAAUUAUUAUCGGUUCAGCAAUUCUCUAGUGAUGCUGGCUUUCAUGUCGACAGGUGCUGAUCAUUUUGACAGCACUCUCUCUGUGCCUCGUUGUACUGAGAGCUCGAACUACCUCGACUCAGAUUGCGGCAGUGCAGCAUGGGCAUACGGCUUGUAUAUCUUCGCCAACAUGUUCACUGGUGUGGUGGUCGAGUCUUUUAGAUACGUCUAUCAGAUGCCGGGACAUGCCUCCCUCAAUCGGGAGGAAAUGAGGUCAUUCAAAAAGCUCUGGGCGGAAUUCGACACCGAGCGGACAGGCUACAUACGUCGCAAGGAUUUCGUCCGCUUCUUCUCGCGCCUACGUGGAAUAUGGGAAGUCCGACUGUACCCUGUAGAAUACAGCAUCCCUAAUUUGAUGCGUGGAGCUGUGCCUGAUCCGGUUGCCAAAGCUGCGGGUAGGCUCCUAGUCGUUACGGGUGUCAGACAAGCCGUCGACAUGGGAAUUGUUCAAUCGAAGAUCAAGCAAAUCGAUUAUGCUCAGGUCCACGAUCGAAGACAAACCUUCGCUCGACUAUUCCACGAAGCCAGGAUCACAGAGGAGAAGGGUCGGGGGAUCAGCUUCACAAACAUGUUGAUGAUGCUCGCGCAUUACAGACUCAUUGACGAUGAGAAAGCUUUGCUACUCGACGACUUGCUCGCGAGGCGGGAAAAGAAGGAGCGGGUCACUGAUUUGGUCAACCUUGACCGCGUGCGAGGACUGCUACGGACAAUCUACUGGCGUCGUCGUUUCCUGAAUUCUCGACGGACACUCAAGUUUGAGUCUAAUGGUAUUCCAGCCAUCGUUCUCGAUCCGAUGCCAUUAUCACCACCAGAGGAAGGGCAUCAAGAUGAUCCUUUCGACCGAGAGCGAGAGCGGAGCCAGUCACCAUCUUCCUCACGGGACUCAUCACGUGUAUCUUCGCCAGAAGCUGGAAACUCAUCCCUGGCUCGAGAUACGUGGGGUCAGCACCGACAUGGCGCAUCCUUGGGAGUGGUGGCUACGAGGCCGUCGCUCAGUCGACAGAGCUCGAAUGCCAGCAUGCUAUCAUCCGACGACGCGCAUUACAGAAGCCGGGACUCAUCCCUGGACGAAGUGCCCUUAGAUUACGAUGGAGAAGCUUCAAACUCGAUCUGGGGAGGUGAGUGUCGUCGUUCCGCAACGCUGCCCCACGGACACGGACACGGACACUGA